AUGGACAUAUUUUUUUACUCGGAAGAAAUUGAUAACCUUUUGGAGGAUUAUAAAAAAUUAUUGAAUGAAUUUCAGAAUAAAAUUAAAGGAAAUGAGAAAAAUAAUUCAAUAAUAAAAAAAUAUAGUGAUGAUAUAAAUUUUAUAACAGAAAGAAUAAAAACAGCUAAGGAUGCAUAUUUUAUUGAAAUACGAAAUUUACCAGAAGAUGAACAAAAUGAUUAUAUAAAUAAAAUUAAGGGGAAAGUAUUAAUAUUAGAAAAUUUGAAUAUUCAAUAUGAAUUUUUAAAAAAUAAAUUAAUAUAUGAAAAUAAACAAGAUGAAAAUAAAAAUAAUGAAAUAAAUAAAUUGAAAUAUAUAACACCAAAAGAAUUGGAAAUUCGAGGAAAUUUAAUUCAAGACCAAACAGAGCAAUCCAUUUUUAGGAUGAAAAAUUUGGUUGAUGAGUCAGAACAAAUAACUAGAAUAGCUGCAGUAAAAUUAAAUGAACAAAAUGAAAAAUUAAAAAAAGUUAAAGAUAAAGUAGAUGAUGUUGAUAUAAAUGUAUCAACUGCAAAGGAGACAUUAAAAGAAAUAAUGAAAGAAGCCGCUUCGGAUCGAUUUAUUCGACUUUUAUUUAUUAUGAUAAUUAUUGUAUUAGUUAUUCUUAUAUCUGUAAUAGUAUUUACGAAUAAGUAG